GGUAUUUAGGGUUUUUGACUGACGUUUGCAGCGACUACUACCGAUUCAAGGCUGCCCUAGCAACCCGCUGGAUGAGCCAACCAUAGCGGCGCAAGGCUUGACCCUCUGCGGCUACUGGAGACAUGCCUGCUUGGAGAGAGGAAACGACAGACAUCCGAGAGAGCUGCGGAACAGCGUGGCUGGCGACCCAAAAGCAGGACUAUAAAAAAAAUGACACUUCUGGUACUUUAACGGCACGGUAGCGUGAAUGAAGGAUUUAUGGAAAGAAGAUUUGAGCACAGGAACAGGUUCGGCGUGAGCGGCAAGCUUUGAUGUUACAGUGGAUUACACUGUAGAUGUAGGCUCAUUUUUAUACAUUUUUAAUUACAUUGUGUUGUCACUUUCGGUGACCAAAUUGACACUUGUAGCUUUCAUUCAAGCUUCUAUUUUGGAGACUUUGUGAGUUACCAGAUAUUAUUUUUGAAUCGUAAUAUAAACAGUCGAAGAACACCACAUUAAAUUUGACUCUCUUUUUUGCUCCUUUGAUUCGUGCGUCACACAGCUCAAAUCUCCAGUUGGAGGAAAAACGGAAGAAGUGAUCGAACAGUCGUGUACACGGUGUUCCAUGAUGGAACAUAAUCAUUCUUCACCGUGAGGAUGAACCACAGAACCAGCCCCGCCAAGGCUUACGAUUUUCUGCUCAAGUUUCUCCUGGUCGGGGACAGCGAUGUGGGAAAGGGGGAGAUACUUGCGAGCCUCGAGGACGGAGCCAGCGAGUCUCCAUAUGGCUACAACAUGGGAAUCGACUACAAGACGACUACGAUACUCCUAGAUGGAAGAAGAGUCAAGCUGCAGCUCUGGGACACAUCUGGCCAGGGGCGCUUCUGCACCAUCUUCCGCUCCUACUCCAGAGGAGCACAGGGUGUGAUCUUGGUCUAUGACAUCACCAACCGAUGGUCCUUUGAUGGUAUUGACAGAUGGAUAAAGGAGAUAGAUGAGCAUGCACCAGGAGUUCCCAAGAUCCUGGUGGGUAACCGGUUACACCUGGCCUACAAGCGUCAGGUGACCACGGAGCAGGCCCAGCUGUACGCUGAGAGGUUAGGGGUAACCUUCUUCGAGGUCAGCCCGCUGUGCAACUUCAACAUCACGGAGUCCUUCACAGAGCUGGCCAGGAUUGUCCUGAUGAGGCACGGUAUGGAGAGACUCUGGAGACCCAACAAAGUGUUGAGUCUCCAGGACCUGUGCUGUCGUUCCAUCGUGUCUUGCACCCCUGUCCACCUGGUUGACAAGCUUCCUCUCCCCCUGGCCCUCAAGUCCCACCUCAAGUCUUUCUCCAUGGCCAACGGCCUCAAUGCCCGCAUGAUGCACGGAAGUUCCUACUCUGUCACCACCACCAACACCACCCACAUCGCCACCAAGAGGACCGGAGGCCAGCUGCUGAAAAAUAAAAAAUGUAUCCGCCCUCAGCAGCUCAGCCCGGCGGCCGCACAGAGCUGCACCGGCAACAGCUGCAAGAUCUCCUAGCAACCGGCUCGAAACAGGAAUAGGAAGUCCUUGGGACAGUAUGUUGUUAUCACAGGAACAGGAAAUUGGUGUUGCUCACUACUGCAGCUCAUCUAGGCUCACCAAGAGCCAGCCACAUGAGCUUCAAGGGUGUUUUCAAUGAGGGGUGACCCCUCACAGCCCCCCAUAACCCCACAGACCAGGAAGUUGUCACAGGGACUGGAUGUUCUAGGCCUCCAGACCCACAAGAGUCCCACCUGAGCUCCAUGGUGGAACGAAGAUGUGGAAUGAACCUGCCAAGUUCAGAGGCUGUGGAUUGACACUACUGGUCACUAGCAUUGGACCCAAAAGGAAGUUUUGACAACCGAUCAUGUCUGAGCCAUAUGACUGUAUAGUGCGUAAUAUGAUUCCAUGAAUACAGUAUGUCAACAUAUGAACUGUUCAACUGUAUAGUACUAUGUGUACACUAUUUGUGGAUGAUCUGUGGUUAUUUUUGCUCUGUUGCCUCACCCAAUGACACAAAGCAUUCAAAUGAGUUUCACACCUGUGGUCUAAUUUCACAAUGAAAGAAAAGUGGACUGGUAUUAUAAGUGGUAUACUAUAUCGUUGCCUUUUAAACAAAAUGCUGGACAUAGCCUUUUUAAGACCUGGCUACUGGUUUUACACACCGUUACUUUUUACAGUAAAAUACUAUUUUUGCCGACGUCGUCUGGAAUUUCAAGUCGGCAAUUCUUUGGAGAAACCAUUUGUAUAAUGAAUUUGUAUGAUAUGUACAGUUAUGACAAUGUUGUUUGAUACUGUUUGUUUGAUGUUGGGUUUGUAGGUGUUUCACAGUGACACAGAUGAUGCUAUUAAGCAAUAAGGCCCUAGGGGGUGUGGUAUAUGGCCAAUAUACCACGGCUAAGGGCUGUUUUUAGGCACGAUGCAAUCCGGCCGUAUAUCACCAACCCCCAAGGUGCCUUACUGCAAUUAUAAACUGUUUACCAAUGUAAUUAGAGCAGUAAAAGUACAUGUUUUAUCAUACUUGUGGUAUACGUUCUAUAAUAAACUGGGUGGUUCGAGCCCUGAAUGCUGAUUGGCUGAAAGCUGUGGUAUAUCAGACCGUAUACCCCGGGUAUGACAGAACAUGUAUUUUUACUGCUCUAAUCACGUUGGUAACCAGUUUAUAAUAGCAAUAAGUCACCUCGGGGGGUUUGUGAAAUAUGGCCAAUAUACCACUGAUAAGGGCUGUGUCCAGACACUCCGCGUUGUCUUGCGUAAGAACUGCCCUUAGCCGUGGUAUAUUGGUCAUAUAACACACCUCCUCGGGCCUUAUUGCUUAAAUAUACCGCAACUUUCAGCCAAUCAGCAUUCAGGGCUGGAACCAGCCAGUUUAUAAUUUCAGAUAGAUAGUGACAACACCAAAGACACAGCAGACGUAGUGAGGACGUCACUGAAUGAACAAGCUGUUUUGUACAGUAAAUAUUACCACUACAAUAAAUUUCACAAACAGGAAGUGU